UAGGAAUCAUGUUGACAUGUAGAUUAAUAAAAAGUUCAUGGUGUAAAUGUCAAAAACGAUACGUGUCAAAAGGUGCAGCAAUUGUAAAAAAGGAACAUGGAGAACAAGAAAUCGCAAAAAUUCGAAAUAUUGGAAUUUUGGCACAUAUCGAUGCUGGAAAAACUACCACAACGGAAAGAAUGUUAUAUUAUUCCGGUCUGAUUAGGCACAUGGGAGAGGUUCAUCAUGGAAAUACGGUAACAGAUUACAUGGACCAGGAACGUCAGCGUGGUAUAACAAUUACCUCUGCCGCAGUGACGUUUCAAUGGAAAAAUUAUCGUAUCAAUUUAAUCGAUACUCCUGGUCAUAUAGACUUUACUAUGGAAGUGGAACAAACUUUGAGAGUAUUAGAUGGGGCAGUAGUUAUAUUAGAUGGUAGUGCAGGUGUUGAAGCUCAGACAUUGACUGUCUGCAGACAAGCAGAUAAAUAUAGUAUCCCUAGAAUUAUUUAUGUAAAUAAAAUGGACAGAGCAGAUGCUGAUUUUGACAUGAGCUUAAAGUCUGUUCAAUCAAAGUUAAACACAGUAGUGUUACCUACACAAUUUCCAAUAAAGGAAAAAGGGGUUCUGCAAGGAAUUGUGGAUGUUAUUUCUUUGGAGAAGUUCAUGUUUGAUAAAAAAGACAUGGGAAUGAAACUUACAAGAUUAAAAUUAUCCGAAAAUGAGGAUAAACAUUUAUGGGAAAUAGCAAAUGAAAGACGCCAAAAUUUAACUGAUAAGUUGUCCAGCAUAGAUGAUGAGUUAGCUGACACCAUCAUAGAGCAAGAAUCUUUGGAUACAAUUACCUCACAAAUGUUGCAUAACUCCUUGUACAGAGCCACUAUAAGUAGGAAAGGUGUUCCUGUACUUCUAGGUAGUUCUUACAAAAACAUAGGAGUGCAACCUUUAAUGGACAGUAUUCUCUUGUAUCUACCAUCACCCAAUGACAAUAAAUAUUCAUCACAUUAUAAUAGCUUCGCCAAGAAUCUGUCUGCCAGAGCUUUUAAAGUCGUUCACGAUAAGCAAAAGGGACCCAUCACUUUUUGUAGACUGUACAGUGGUAGCUUAGAAAAGGGCACGAAAAUAUACAACGUUUGUAGGGAAGAAAAAGAGACGGCUGGCAAAUUGUACAUCGCCUUCGCGGACGACUAUCAAGAAAUAUCAAGCAUCACUCGUGGCAAUAUUGCGGCAGUCACAGGAUUAAAAUAUACAAUGGCUGGUGAUUUGAUAACGUCUACUCUAACUGCAGCAAACAAUGCAAAACAAAAACUAGAGGCACAGAAAGAUGUUAGACCAGAAGACAUAGAAAAAAUAUUUAAUUGUAAUACAAAAACAUUGGAGCCAGUUUUUUUCUGUUCCAUAGAGGCACCAUCAUUAUCCACACAAACAGCUUUAGAAGCAGCUCUACAGCAACUUGAAAGGGAAGAUCCCAGUUUGAGGGUAUCUCAGAAUGAAGAAACUGGCCAAAUUGUUCUUGCAGGCAUGGGUGAAUUGCACCUUGAGAUCAUUAAAGAAAGAAUCAGGACAGAGUACAAAGUUGAUGCUGACUUAGGUCCUUUACAAAUUGCUUACAGAGAGACAAUAAAGGAACCUAUUAAAGAUUCUUUCUCGUGCGAAUUUAAGAUAGGAAAUGCUAAUCAAAAAGUCACUGUAAUCAUGUCAUUGAUACCAAAUUACCAAGGAAGUGAAACUUUGCUGCUAGACAACUCAUCAGAUUGUAUCAGUAAUAUCAGUGCUAUACCUUUGAAAAUUAUGAAAGCGGUGAAAUCUGGUAUACGGUCGGUUCGUUUACACGGACCCAAAUUAAGUUAUCCAGUUAUAAAUAUGGGUAUCAAGUUGCAUUGGUUGGAAUAUCUAUCUAAUACAACGCCGUCGGUAAUCACUGCCGCUGUUUCACAAUGUGUUAGAAAGUUGAUGCGAGAAGCUGAAGUCACACUCAUGGAGCCCAUAAUGCAAUUGGAAGUUGUGGUAGCCUCAGAUUAUUUUAGUGUUGUCCUCAAAGACUUGUCGAAGAGGCGUGCAGAAAUACGAUACAUCGACGAACGUGGACCAAACAAAGUGGUACAUUGCGUUGCUCCACUCGCUGAGCUACUGGGAUAUUCAACAGCAGUGAGGGUAAUUUCAUCAGGACAUGCAACGUUCACGUUAGAAUUCGAUCAUUACGAAUUAAUGGACUCGAUCAACGAAGCAGAAGCGAUUAAACGUGUCACUGGUUUCUAUUAGUUAAAUAAAGAAAGGAAGAACAGCUUCCAUGAGAAAAGAACAACACAUACACGAUGCAAUGUUGCUUUGUACCAAAUAUCAUUUGUAUUAAGAAAUUAGCUAUUUAAUUGUACAAAGAUAGAAAUGUCCCUCUGGUCUCGGGAUUAAGAUUAGCGUAUUCUUUACGUGGCAACGCAUUAAGGCAGUCCUAUGUGCCGAUUUCUCAUACGUCGGAAAAGACUUACACAUCUAAGUAAAAGUAACAAUUACGAUAAUACACGAAUAAUUAAAACACAUCGUUAUUAUAUCUUGGACAAUUACAUGCUCGGUUGUUCCUUUAUUGCGUUCGUUUCUAAUCAAAAUAUAUUGCAGCAUUUCGUUUAUCGAUGGUGCGUUUACACAAUCUCUUCUUCUUCUUCGUCUUUUUACUUACAAAAAUCGCCGAUUCGCGGCCGCCGAUCACGGGGCUGAAAUCGCGCAGCUCAGUAAAACGAUUUCUUUCGACUAAACGAUCUUUAUACAAAUGUAGAAUCAUCAAUGGCGAUAUCAAUAGUUAAAAAAAAAAUUGACAAAAUUGCAGAUGAAAGAAAGUCUUAUCGAAAAGAAACACUGGCUCAGCCUCGAAAGCGGCAGCCGCGUAUAAAUAUAUUAAUAUUGCUUAAAGAUCAUGCAAAAAUGUCAUACAUAAUAAAAUAUAUGUAUGUAUAUAUAUUAUAUGUACGGAGGGAUUACAUGUUAUGGGGUGAGAGACUUUUGCAAACAUGUCAUUUGCACGUAAAAAUCUGCCGCAUCCGGUUAAGUUACGCGUUUCAACCGGAUGUGACUUCGAAAAAUACUUCGCCUUUUUCUUCUCGUACGUUCAUCACACGCGAUUUACACCCAUAGAAACGCGCCAGUAACAUGAGAAAUUCCAUCUUUCACAACCUUUCCACUUUUUUGCCUUCAGUUUUCGUUUUAUUAGCCUCAAAAAUGAAUUUAUCAAAGUUACUUUGCACGGUAGAUGCAAAAAAUGUGUUGUUCGACGAUAAGGCUUUCUGUUUUGUAAUUAUUUGUUUACGAUGCGUGAAUCCAUGACAGAGACGCAAUACUGAAUACCUCGACGCGGUUUCUAUUUAUUAAGAAAUAAUCAUGUCUCGUCGUAGAAGUUACCAGGAAUCUCACGGACAACGGUAACUCAAGUUAUUAUCUCUAUACAAUCGAAUA